UUGCCCGGCAACAGAAGAAUCUGCUGGCUUAGCCUUUGGCCGAGUUGGCAGCUGGACGAGGACGCUCAGAGCCCAGCUCUCGAGAGUUCAAGCAUCCGACGGUUCCCCACUGCUCCCAGGAGCGGUUACCCGGGCACUCUGUGCCCCUCAUUCCUGUUUGGGCCAAGGCCGAGGACCUGCGAGUAGGGCUCAGUUGCCUGGAGCCCCUUCAGCCCAUCCCCCAGUUCACUUUGCUUGUGGGAUCUCCCCGUUGCUCCUGCCCCUGGACUGAGUGGCAGGCCAUCCUACAAGCACCCGGACACUCGACAUCAGUGGUGUCAAGACAACUCUAAGAAGGUUUUCCGUCAUCCUGCAAGACCUGUGUUCCAUCCUGGUGAUUCUGCCUUCAAUUUCACUGCACGGGUACCACAGUAAGCCAGUGCUGUGUGCUCCGAGUUCCAGGGCAUCCCCCAGCUCAGCCACUACACUGAGCACAAGCACUCUGUGGGGCCCAGGAGCAGGUAGUCACCCCUUUGGGGUCCACAACACUCGGCUGUCCCCAGACUUGUUUCCAGGGAAGAUAGUGUUGAGGGCCCUCAAGGAGAGCGGGGCAGGGAUGCCUGAGCAGGACAAGGACCCUAGAGUCCAAGAGAAUCCUGAUGGUCAGAGAAGAGUCCCCGAGGUCACCGGGGAUGCACGGUCUGCAUUUUGGCCCCUGCGGGACACUGGAGUCCUCUUUCCCUUUGUGCCCAGUCCCGGGCCUCUGCAGACAUACCUCCACGCCCAGAGGUCAGAAAUCAGAUACAACCAGACAUCCCAGACCACCUGGACGAGCUCGUGCACCAACCAAAAUGCCAUCUCCAGCUCCUACAGCUCCGCGGGAGGCUUGCUGGGGCUAAAGUGGAGGAGGGGGCCAGCGGAGCAAAAGAGCGGGGCAGGGAUGCCUGAGCAGGACAAGGACCCCAGAGUCCAAGAAAAUCCUGAUGAUCAGAGAACGGUCCCCGAGGUCACCGGGGAUGCACGGUCUACAGUUCGGCCCCUGUGGGACAAUGGAGGCCUCUCUCCCUUUGUGCCCAGGCCCAGGCCUCUGCAGACAGACCUCCAUGCCCAGAGCUCAGAAAUCAGAUAUAACCAGACAUCCCAGACCUCCUGGACGAGCUCGAGCACCAAACGAAAUGCCAUCUCCAGCUCCUACAGCUCCACGGGAGGCUUGCCGGGGCUAAAGCAGAGGAGGGGGCCAGCCUCAUCCCGCUGCCAGCUGACCCUCAGUUACUCAAAGACAGUGAGUGAGGACAGGCCUCAGGCUGUCUCUUCGGGUCACACACGGUGUGAAAAUAAGGCAGAUACAGCACCAGGGCAGACAUUCGCCCCAAGGGGUGGCUCCCCCAGAUCCCAGGCCUCUAGGCCCCGUAGACGCAGGAUUGCCCUGCUGCCACGCAGGCGAGGGGAGCCUUUAAUGCUGCCACCUCCCUUAGAGCUGGGGUACCGGGUCACGGCUGAAGACCUGCACCUGGAAAAAGAGGCGGCAUUCCAGCGGAUCAACAGCGCGCUGCAGGUUGAGGACAAGGCCAUCUCGGACUGCAGACCCUCACGGCCUUCCCACACUCUGUCCUCACUUGCAACAGGGGCUUCUGGUGGGCCUCCCGUUUCUAAAGCACCCACUAUGGAUGCACAGCAGGACAGACCCAAGUCCCAAGACUGCCUGGGCCUAGUGGCCCCCCUUGCAUCUGCUGCAGAGGUCCCCUCUACAGCUCCCGUGUCUGGGAAGAAGCACAGACCACCAGGACCCCUGUUCUCCUCCUCAGAUCCCCUUCCUGCCACCUCUUCCCACUCCCGGGACUCAGCCCAGGUCACCUCGCUGAUUCUUGCCCCCUUCCCAGCUGCAAGCAGGGAUGCCGGCAUGAGAAGAAUGUUUUGUGUUCGAAAUUGUUUGAGGGGUUUGGGUUUAUUUUUGUUGGUUUUUUUUUUUUUUUUUUUUUUUUUUUUGCUUACAUGGGCAUCCUUCAGCUUUUAAUAAUCUGAAAAAUUCUAUUUACCCAUUGUCAAUGUGUAUAAAUUAAUCUGAGUCAAUUUUAUACAAUAAAAGGUGAACUUUAAUGCGUGAAACAAUAAUUUAACAAAAAAUGUACUGGAAGAAGAAUGUUCAUUACAAAUAUAGGAAACAUAAAUAUUACCAAAUAUUGGCAAGCACUAAAAUGUUCAGAAAUAUAAGUCUAUUACAGUUAUAGCUCUCUCAAGCAAAAAAAUAGCAGAGAAAAACUUAGUUUACCUUAGGGGCUAUUUAUUUACUUAGAGAUUUGUUAGAAGGUCAAAUGGGGUCACACAGAAUACUAAGAAGAGCUGUUCACCCAGGCCUCACUAAGAACUCUUCUUCAUUCAGUAGCUAUAUGGUAAUAUGACAACUGCUCCUACGACCCAAAGAGGAACUACAGCAACUACUCUUUAGCAUCUGUUGCUCCCAACUCUGCUUUGCAAUUAUAUGACUCAAGCAUUCUGGCUCCGUUAACGAUUACUGCUGUUACUCCCAAUUAAAUUCCCUCUAAAAAAUAAAAAUUUUUAAAGCUGCAA